AUGGGCAAUUUCGAUAGUAAUUAUUUUGCUGGAUAUCAAGGCUAUGGAGAUGGAUGGCUCGGCUAUGGCGACGGAUACCGCUCCACAUCAUCAACAUCGACAUAUGCUGAUGCAUCUACACCAACGCAGACACCAGAACCCCAAGUCCAUACUGCUACUGGUGACGAGUUGCGCUUUAGUAAUCUUGACGAAAUAGUUUCCCAGUUGGAAGAUGACACACAAUAA